UUUGAUGCUGGGUAUAUUUAGUUAAGUAUCUCUACAAACGGGUAUAUAUGAAAAAGACCCUUAUUGCGGCCAAUUUCAUCUCUCGUUAGCUGUGUUGCUCAUUCGAAAAGCCCACUAUAUUUCGCGAUUCGACGGCGUUCUAUGAAUGAGAAAUUGCCGACUGCUGGUACUCUAACUCAACAGAGCUGCGAAAGAGAAAUGGAAGUCACCGACAACCACGGCGCCAAACGCAAACGGCAUGAAAACGAAACCAUUUCCUCAAACGACAUCGACCUUUCCCUUUUGGAGGCCGUCGAGAAAUCCCAAGGCUCAGUUGAACUUCUCGAUCUCCGAAGCCUAAAGAAGCUCGUCCUCUCCUUCGAGCGCCGUCUCAAGGACAACAUCGCCGCCCGCCUCAAGUUCCCCCAGCAGCCUGACCGCUUUGCCGAUUCAGAGCUCGAACUCCAUGAAGAGCUUCAUAAGCUCAGGGUCCUCGCCGGUGGUCCCGAGCUUUACCCUGACCUCGUUAGUCUCAAUGCCAUCUCUUCGAUUCUUAAUCUUCUUGGCCAUGAGAACACCGACAUUGCCACCGAUGUCGUUCAGUUGCUUCAGGAAUUGACCGACGAAGACGUUCUUGAGGACAAUGACGAACCUGCUCGGGUCCUUGUCGAUGCCCUAAUUGAGAAUAAUGUUCUUGAGCUUUUGGUCCAGAAUUUGCAUCGGCUUUCGGACACUGAUCCUGAUGAAAUGGCGGCUGUUUACAGAACCUUGGCCACGAUUGAGAAUUUGAUAGAGGUAAAGCCUGCCGUGGCCGAAAUGGUGUGCGAGAGGACAAAGUUGCUGAAGUGGCUUCUGGGGAAGAUAAAGGUCCGUGAGUUCGAUGGUAAUAAGCAGUACGCGUCGGAGAUAUUGGCCAUUUUGCUACAGAAUAGUUCGGCAAACCAGAAAAGGUUGGGGCAAAUGAAUGGCGUCGAUGUUUUGCUUCAGGCGGUGGCCAUGUACAAGUCAAAGGAUCCUAAGAACCCCGACGAGGCCGAGAUGUUGGAGAAUUUGUUCGAUUGUUUGUGUUGCUUGUUGAUGCCAUUGGAGAACAAGGAGAGGUUUGUGAAGGCUGAGGGGGUGGAGUUGAUGAUUAUUAUCAUGAAGCAGAAGAAGUCAGCUUAUGGGUCGGCCAUAAGGGCGCUUGAUUUUGCUAUGACUAAGUACCCACCUGUGUGCGAACGUUUUGUUGAUGUUCUGGGGCUGAAAACGGCAUUUGCUGCAUUUAUGGGUAAGAUUCCCACUAACAAAAGGAACAAGAAAGGGCGCUAUCAUGAGGACUUGGAAGAAAGACUUAUUUCACUGAUUGCAUCAUUAUUUGGUGGAAUUUUGAGGGGUUCUAGAAGAGAAAGAUUACUUGGUAAGUUUGUGGAAAAUGAGUGUGAGAAGAUAGACAGGCUUAUGGAACUCUAUAUGAGAUAUUCUGAUCGAGUUAAAGUAGAGACUGAGCGCCUAAACAACCUUGAAUUUGAUGAUUUAGAGAUGGAUGAAGAAGAGAAGUACAACAUGAAGCUAGAAUCUGGACUUUACACUCUUCAGUUGAUAGCUGUUAUUCUAGGUCAUAUUUGGUGCUCCGAGAAUCAUCAAAUGAGAUCAAGGAUUGAACUGCUACUGAAACAGCAAAAACUUACUAAGAAACAUAUUAAGGAUAUACUCCAGGAGUAUCAUGACAACAUUGGUGAUAUGGAUGGGCUUGAAGAAAAGGAACGUGCACAGACAAAGAUUCAAAAGUUCAUUUCAGCAUUUUGAUAGCUGGAUGAUAUAAUGUGCUCUACAGAGCUUAAAAUUGUAUCGUUUAGCAAAUACGCCCUCAACAUUGACGGGUAACUGCAACAUUUGUUAACAUAAAAUAUAUUUUUAGGUAGAUAUCAGUUGACUGAGUUAAAUACAAAACCCCAGAAUUAGGUUCUUGUUCUUUCCCCAAGAGCUGUCAGACGGACGCAGCUCAUAUAAAGUUGAGCAUAAACAUGCUUUCAAGCAGUGCCUCUUUUGUAAUGAAGCAUAUACAGUAGAAGGUUUAGUGGAGGACAAGAGAAAAUAAUAACUAAUAUAUUAUUAAAAGAAAAUAUGUUUUGAUUGGUAAACGUU